UGUUCGUACCUCUUCUUCAUAUCGUCCUGAACGCUAAACAAGGCCGUAGGUCAGAUCCUGGAGGACAGAAGAGGAACAAGGAAAACUUUAAAGUUUAAACAGCGGAACAUAAAGGAAAAGACUGAGUGGAGCAGCCGCUGCGUCCGGCGGUAUUCAUCAUUCAACUGCGUCCAAACUGACGAUUGUUUUUCCAAGUAAGCUAGCAGGGUUAUUGCUGUAUGCUUCCCUGAGGUUCCCACACUCACUCAAAAGUGUUACAUUGGAAAAAAAGAAGUGAAAUGUGUUCUGUGAUAUCUCAUGGGUUCCAUGUGAUGGUGUGAGGAUGGGACAGGGUGGAGUUGGCAGUGACUGCAGCCCUGGAGGCUGAUGAACCUGCUCCAUCGGCCCGUCAGGAUGCACAUAGCUUCAGUGGGUGUCAGUAAGUUCUGCUUCCUAUUUUCCCUCGUCUUCUGUGGCCUCCUGCUUCUGCUCAUCCCGGCACUCCAGCCCCAAGCUCGCCAUGUGGACCUGCCUCAUCCCCGACCCCGGGUCAGACCUGCACAGGCGGGCAAGGCCUCAACCUACACCUCACAGCACAGUGGGGUUCCUGCAGUGUCCAGCCAUGUCGGGGACACUGACUGGACCACAGGACUGAACAGGAGCUCGGUGUUGCAGGGGGAGACUGAAAUGAACAUAAAUGAUAACCACAAUGACAAAAAAGGCACAGACUCCAAAAGAAACCCAGAAAGAGGGGCUCCACAUCGAGGGAAGGUUGGAGGGCUUUCAAGCUCCAGGUCACGGGACGUGUUAGAGUUAAAGGACAUUUUUAUUGCAGUGAAGACCACCAGGAAGUACCACAAGUCCAGACUGGAGCUGCUGAUUCAGACCUGGGUUUCCAAAGCUAAAGAACAGACCUACAUAUUCUCUGAUGGUGAAGACAAAGAGUUGCGGAUGAGAACAGGAGCUAACAUCAUCAACACAAACUGCUCAGCAGCUCACACCCGACAGGCUCUCUGCUGCAAGAUGUCUGUAGAGUACGACAAAUUCAUCGAGUCUCAGAAAAAGUGGUUCUGCCAUGUGGAUGAUGAUAACUAUGUGAUCCUGCCCAGUCUUCUGCGGCUGCUCUCCUUCUACCACCACAGCCAGGACGUUUACUUGGGUCGACCCAGUCUGGAUCAUCCCAUAGAGGCUGCAGAGAGGGUGAAGAGUGACGGAUCGGUGUCGGUCAAGUUCUGGUUUGCUACAGGUGGAGCCGGUUUCUGUAUCAGCAGAGGUCUGGCUCUGAAAAUGAGCCCGUGGGCCAGUUUGGGGAAUUUCAUCAGCACAGCAGAGAAGAUCCGACUCCCAGACGACUGCACCAUCGGCUACAUCAUCGAGGCGCUGUUGGAGGUCACUUUAACACACACACACCUCUUCCACUCCCACCUGGAGAAUCUACAGAAGCUGCCCACCGACACUGUGCUGGAGCAGGUGACUCUCAGCUACGGAGGCUUUGAGAACAGAAGAAAUGUGGUCAGCAUUGUUAGAGGCUUUUCACUGGCUGAAGACCCAACAAGGUUUAAGACAGUCCACUGCCUUCUGUAUCCAGAUACUGACUGGUGUCCAAAGCUCAAACCUCGCCACAAAAACUGAAAGUGGCUGUGUUUUUAUCCUGCUAAACCUUUAUCCCACUGCCUCACCCUUCAUUCACGCCAUGUGGUGGAUGCCUUCACUGAAGGGCACACUCAUUU